GAGUGUGUGGAUGUCUGCUAUCACUUCACUCUUAGAAGCAGUGAGCUACGUUAGUACCGGUGAGGUAUGCUGUGGAGACAACAUUCACACUCAGAGGCCCUGAACCUUUAAUUUUUUUUAUGCAAAGAAAUAUAAGAAGACAGGUCAAACUUUUCAGUGGAGGCUUACUUUCAGAGCACUAAUGGGGACGAUUUCUGAAGAUAUCAGGAGACUUCUAGCAGAUUGUGAGCUGUUUGUCUCAAGCAUUCUGCAGGACGAGAACCUCAGUAAGCAUGCUCACGAAGCAAGGGAAAUUCUUCUGAACAACUUUCGAGUCGUCCACAACAAAAAUCCAGAGGAAUUCCCUUACACUGGAGGGGAGGACAGUUCAGAUGACAACCACAGCUCUAGCCUGGGACGUUCUGCCCCUUCUGAUGAUCUGUCUGUGGCUUCAGACUAUCAGGAGGACACUGCACCUGAAUGUUUUGAAGAGAUUCCCACAGUGGCAGCACAAGACCUGAGUAACAUCCUGAAGCAAGGUUACCUUGAGAAGAAAAGACGUGACCAUACAUUCUUCACCAUGGAGUGGCAGAAAAGGUGGUGUGUGCUGAACAAUACCAUAUUCUACUACUUUGGGAGUGAAAAAGACAAGCAGCAGAAAGGCUCCUUUUACAUCAAUGACUACAAAGCAGCGCUUGUAGUCAACGUGCGCAAAGACUCCAAGAAGAACUGUUGCUUUGAGAUUAAGGCCGAUGGAAGACGUUCCUACCAGUUCACUGCCAGCAGCCCUCGUGAGGCCAAGGAAUGGGUGGACCAGAUCAAUUUCGUCUUAAAGGAUAUGAACUCCAGCUUCAUCCCCUUUGAUGAUGAUGAGGAAGAGGAGGAGGAGGAGGAGAAAGAGGAAGAGGGUGAGGAAGAGGAGACAUAUGAUGACAUUGAGGGAGCAACCACUCCACCGUUGCUCCCCGGCCCUGCCUCUGCAGCUCCAGUUCCAUCACCAGCACCCAGUGCACGUGAGGCGAGGAGGGAAAGAACAGUCGCAGCUGUAGAGGAAGACUUAGAAGAUGAAGAGGAUAUAUAUGAAGUGCUGCCAGAGGAUGAUUUCUUGGACAAUUCAGAGGAGAUCAGUGAGAGGAGCCAAAAAACAGACCCAUCAUCAGAUUAUGCCAAUUACUAUCAAGGCCUGUGGGACUGUGAAGCCGAUGGUCCUGAUGAGCUGGCGUUUCGUAGAGGAGACAUCAUCUACAUCCUAAGCAAGGAGUAUAACAUCCAUGGCUGGUGGGUUGGGGAGCUGGAUGGCAUUAUUGGCAUCGUACCCAAAGAAUUUUUGCACCCUGCAUACAUUCUUUAAGCUCAUGAUACAGUCCUUUUAGGAAUUUAGCAAGCAGUAGUCAGAGAUGGACACCAGUCAAUCUUUAAGUCUCUCUUUCUGAAUUAUAUGGCAUAUUUUACACCAAACCAAUGUUUAUCACAUACUAUUUGACAAUAUACUUUUACUACAUGUUUAAUUAGCAAUAAACUAAAGAGAAACAGCAUGACUAGUAUGCUGAUUAUUUAAAAAAGUAUACUUGCAGGUUAGUUUGCUGUUGUGUGGUACCAAACUCUUCCCAACAAUGACACCUGCUGGCUAAAAGUGUAACUACAGGGGUAACGUAACGUGCUGCUCCCACUGUUUUCAUAUUUUUAGUUUUCAUUUGUAAUAGAUCACUUUUUUCAAAAUGGUGAAUAAUAUAAAAUUUACUUCACUAAUUCAACUUAUUUAACACAAUUAUUUACAGUAGAGUGAAAUGAUUUAUAUAAAAUAUACAAAAAUACUUUUAUAGAGGUACAUGAAUGUUUAUUAGUUCUUGGGAAACUUUGUUUUUUAAUGAUUUUCAAAUAUAUAUAACAUACAGUACUGUGUAAACGUCAGAGACACCCUUCAUUUAUUUAAUUUCCAGUCAAAACAGCCAUUAAGUACAACUGUUUUCAGGGUCAAAAAAAAAAACAAAAAACAGAUAAUAUAAAUUUAACAGGAAAUUACACAGAAGCUUCAACAACACAACAUUCAGCAUUUAAAGUGUCCACUCGUUGGCUUUAUUACAACUUCUAUACUUGUCAGGAGUCUUGCUUUUGGUUUUUCAAAGAAAUCUACAGGGAUAUUUUUCCACAUUUUUCUAGGUUCACUCUUAGAAGCUGGUUGCAAUUUCCAUGUUUGUGUAAUCCCAAACAUGUUGAGUGAUGUUGAGGUCUGGACUCUGGGGUGGUCAGUCUAUUUUUCUGACAGCAUCAGCACCUUCUUUGUUUCAUUUGCAGAUGUGCUUCCUUUUUUGUCGAUAUCCUUUUCACAGUAACAGCGUCUUGACAGUUAGACAUCCUUUCAGGCUGAUAGUGUUGAAUUAUCUUCUCACAGUGGAAGGAUGGACAGAAACACCUAUGGAUUGGUUCAGAUCUGAAGCAAGAGUGGAGUUU